AUGACUGCUGACAUGCUUAAAUUCUGGGUGCAAUCUGCUCCUAGGCGUAUUGUGCGCCGAGUGCCUAUAUACGCGUGUUGGGAGGAAACUGAUGGUCUUUCUCCACUUGAAGAAGAGCGGCACAAUCAUGCAUAUUUAAACGAAUCUGGGCAAGUCAGAGAACAGAACCAGCAUAACAUUAGGAGAAAUGAUAGCAGUUACGCUUCAAGAAGCACAAGUUGUCAAUCUGCUUACGCUCAAAAUCAAGCACAAUCGCUGUACUGUAAAAUAAACGAAAAUGAACAGCGCAACUCUUUUGGACGAGAGUUUUCGAGAAACGACAGAAGUGCUUUAGCGAGUCUCUCUACCCAGCCUUUGCCACCUGAUUCUGGCUACUCUUUUAACAACAAUAGAGGUAAUUCUAGCUCGAGAAGUUACGACUUCAUGCGGGCACCAUUGAACAAUCGAGAGAUGCGCAAUACUUUGUCUCAAAUGUGGAGAGAUGAUGUUAUCAGAUCGCGGUAUGGAUAUGAUGAUGCGUCUUCUGUGCCAUUUAUGGGAGGAAGUCUGGAGGAACGGUCGAAUAGUCAAUUAAGAUAUCUGCAGGAAAUGAAAGAAGCAACCAUUAGGCAACAAAGGGCGAAUUCUGUGUGUUCAGGGGGCCAAGAUGAAAGCAUGCAAAGUAGAAUGAGUUAUCUGAGUGCCUUUUCGGAGUCUGCGAGCGGAGAGACUUCCCGAUCUGUUCCUGAAGAUGAAGGAAGAGACAUUUUGGCGGGAUUCACCUGCUUGGUGGAAAACUUGCCCAGGGCUCAAAGUACACUUGGUGAUUUGAAGAACAUGCUUAAAAACUCCAGAGUUGACUACACUGGCUUCCGCUUCCGUCCCCGAUUCGGCUCUGCUCUAGUCUCCUUUGGCGACUUCUCAGAAGCGGACAGGUUCCAAAAACUGGCAUCUACGUACGUUAUCAGAGGCGAGAGACUGUGCUGCUAUGUGCUAAGUCCAUGAAAAGGGUUUCUUUUGAAGAUUUCAAUAAAACAAAUCUGA